AUGAAGUUCCAGGUCUUGGUGUUUAUGGGGAUCCUCUUGGUUGCCCUCCUCCCUUGCCAGGAGUGUAGAGCCUUCAGCAAACCUCCAGCCUCCCCUGCCGGGGCUCCCCCUCCUCUCCUGUCUGAGUACCAUCCCUUUUUACUUCGUAUGGGAGAAGAAUAUUUCCUUCGCCUUGGGAACCUCCACAAAUAUCCCUCCCUAGGAGCAAGCCGCCUCCCUGAUGCUUCUUCCUCCAGUAACUUUGUCAGGGCUUUGCAGCAGUUGCAGCCUCAGCAGUGGGGUGGGCAGCAGCAGGGGCUAAGAGCUGGCAUCCUAGAAGGAGCAGAUUCCUCAUACAACCCCCAGGAGGAACCUACAGAAAGGGGCAAACGAUCGGAGGAGCCUCCCAUAUCCCUGGAUCUCACUUUCCAUCUUCUCCGAGAGGUCUUGGAAAUGGCCAGAGCUGAGCAGAUAGCCCAGCAAGCCCACAGCAACAGGAAACUGAUGGACAUUAUUGGGAAAUAA